CGGCGGGGAGCCGGGGGAGAAGCCUCACAGUCUCGCCGGCCGCCGCCAUGUCGAUUAUGUCGUACAACGGGGGGGCCGUCAUGGCCAUGAAAGGCAAGAACUGCGUGGCCAUCGCGGCCGACCGACGCUUCGGGAUCCAGGCCCAGAUGGUGACCACGGACUUCCAGAAGAUCUUCCCCAUGGGUGACCGCUUAUACAUCGGCCUGGCCGGGCUCGCCACCGACGUCCAGACAGUAGCCCAGCGCCUCAAGUUCCGGCUGAACCUGUACGAGCUGAAGGAAGGGCGGCCCAUCAAGCCCCACACGCUCAUGAGCAUGGUCGCCAACCUCCUCUACGAGAAGCGCUUCGGCCCCUACUACACCGAGCCGGUCAUCGCGGGCCUGGACCCCAUUACCUUCGAGCCCUUCAUCUGCUCCCUGGACCUCAUCGGCUGCCCCAUGGUGACCGACGACUUCGUGGUCAGCGGCACCUGCGCCGAGCAGAUGUACGGGAUGUGCGAGUCGCUGUGGGAGCCCGACAUGGAGCCCGAGCACCUGUUCGAAACCAUCUCCCAGGCCAUGCUGAACGCCGUGGACCGGGACGCCGUGUCGGGCAUGGGCGUCAUCGUGCACGUCAUCGAGAAGAACAAAAUCACCACCCGGACCCUCAAGGCGAGGAUGGACUAGGCCCCGACCGACUCCCCCGCUGCCUCCUUCCCCCCUUUUAUAAAUAAAAAUGUCUUGUC